AACAAUCACGUGGGAUUCAGCCAAGCAAUGACGUUAAAUUCUGCUCUGUCAGAAGACAGCAUCUGUCAAAGCCCACAUUUAAACUGCUGCCUGCCUGUGCAGCAGCUGAAGAACUACGGAAUGGAUUUUAUAGACCAGAAUCCUCGGUUAAAACAGCUCAAAACCGUUUCUAUUACUGCCUAGCAACAAUGAAGGAAGGAGUAGAGGGAAAUCCUAUUACUGAAGGCAAGUGAAGCACUACACGCUAGCACUCCCUGCUAGCAUUACCAUUAGGAAUAUGGAUACUGAAGAGCAGAGAAAACAGCACUGCAUUGUCCGACAAGGGAAACACCAGAUGUAAAAGCUCCAGUGCAGCAGCGGUGAGCACCAGACAGCCCUGCUCAGGACAAGAGAGAACUACCGUCCUUUUGUCUGAAGGAUAAACAAAAAAAACCCCAAGACAAGGACAACACUUAUGAGCAAGGAAGGUAACACAGCAACGGGCAGACAGAUGGACAGACUGGAUACUGUGAAAAGCAAUCGCAGGAAGCACACUGUUGGGGGAUGUGCGCAUGUUCGAUAGCAUCUUUUUUGCUGAAGUGAUGGCGUGCCAAAACUAUUUUCUGUGGGUAUAAUCCUCGAACCAUAAAUGGCCUGACCAAGGAAGACAAGUUUUUUAUGAAGCUGAGAAAUAGAUGCGGGUGUUUCCCCUAUCCACACAAUGCCUUUUUAAAGGGCAGAGACUGAAGAUUCUCUAGGAAACUCCUAUCUUGCAAACACAAGGAAUUAUCGUGAGUCAUUUGCAGACAAUUACUCAACGCGAACAAAAGGAAAUGAAUACCAAAGAAUAGCAGUGGAUUCAAAAACAACCAGGAAAGCAUUCUGCUUGGCUAUUGUCUCAUAUCUCAUCAUUGGAUUGUUACAACAUGCUUCAGUGGAGAAGACGACACUGCUGCUUUGCAAAGAUGACCUGGAAUACCAAAAGGUCUCUGUUCCGCACCCAUCUCAUCGGCCUGAUCUCUCUGGUCUUUCUUUUUGCUAUGUUUCUGUUCUUUAACCAUCACGAUUGGCUGCCAGGCAGGGUUGGAUUCAAAGAAAAUCCCAUGGCUUAUACUAUACGAGGAUUUAGAUCUACAAGAAGCGAGACAAACCACAGCUCUCCAAGGAACAUGUGGAAGGAUGCCGUACCUCAGACGCUCAGGCCAGUUACCAACUCCAACAACACGGAUCUGUCACUGCAAGGAGUAACUGGUUUGGAAAACACCCUCAGUGCCAAUGGAAGUAUUUACAAUGAGAAAGGUACUGGGCACUCAACUUUGUAUCAUUUCAAAUAUGUCAUCAACGAGCCUGGAAAGUGCCAGGAGAAGACCCCUUUUCUAAUACUGCUGAUAGCAGCAGAGCCAGGCCAGGUGGAAGCCAGACAAGCUAUUCGACAAACUUGGGGUAACGAAAGCCUGACGCCUGGCAUCCAAAUUGUUCGUAUUUUUUUGCUGGGGUUAAGCACUAAGAUCAAUGGAUAUCUCCAGCAUACCAUACUAGAGGAAAGCAGACAAUACCAUGACAUCAUUCAACAAGAAUACUUAGACACCUAUUAUAAUUUAACCAUUAAAACUCUCAUGGGGAUGAACUGGGUUGCAUCUUACUGUCCACACGUUCCAUACGUUAUGAAAACUGACAGUGAUAUGUUUGUCAACACUGAAUAUUUAAUACACAAGCUUCUGAAACCAGAACUUCCUCCAAGGCACAAAUAUUUUACAGGUUAUUUAAUGAGAGGUUACGCACCUAACAGGAACAAGGAUAGUAAGUGGUAUAUGCCACCUGAUUUGUAUCCAAGUGAACGUUAUCCUGUAUUUUGCUCUGGAACCGGUUACGUUUUUUCUGGUGACUUAGCAGAAAAAAUCUUUAAAGUCUCCUUAAGUAUCAGACGUUUGCAUUUAGAGGAUGUAUAUGUGGGGAUUUGUCUUGCCAAGCUACGAAUUGACCCUAUGCCUCCACCCAAUGAGUUUGUCUUCAAUCACUGGCGAGUUUCUUACUCCAGCUGUAAAUAUAGUCACCUAAUUACCUCCCAUCAGUUCCAACCUAGUGAACUGAUCAAAUACUGGAACCACUUACAACAGAAUAAGCACAAUGCCUGUGCCAAUGCAGCGAAAGAAAAAGCAGGCAGGUAUCGCCACCGUAAGCUGCACUAGAAGGACGCCUCUCCCCCUGUGUGCAAUCUGUAAAUAACCGCUGAACGCAUGUACAGUGACAAUGGAUGAGCUUCAUGGGACAGCCUUCAGUUGAUCCCCAUCACAUAGUGGAGUCUGAAAAUUAUUUUUUUAAGUUAAAAGAAGCAUAGCUCUUGAUAACACUAAUAUCAAACUAUAACCAAAAGGUUUACCCAGCAAAUCUGUGGGAAAUAAAAGAUGGUAUUAUAAGGAUUGUUGUGUUUCCUGUGCAAUAAGAAGCAUGCACACUUUGGUGGUACAAUUGCUGAUUUCUGUGCCAAUAAAAUAUAACUGAGCAUAUUUUCCACACUAAAAAAAAUUGUUUUUAAAAGUAUUGCAUUAGUAGUUUCAGUUCUCUUCCAUGGAAUGAAUUCCUGUUAUCCAGAACAGUUAUAAAUUCAAAAACUAAGGAAAUGCACAAAGGGCAGAUCAGUUUUCCCUUCACAUACCACAUGAAAAGUUUUGUAUGUUUCUUUAAUGCACAAGGCAUUUAGCAACUCCACAUUUACCAUUCACUAAGACAAUACCAAUGAACUCUAAAACACUAAGAAAGCACACUCUUAAAGCAGGUCCUGUUUUGGGAAGGUUGCUUGUUCUGGUUAGGAAGGAGUGACAUAUAAAAAUCAAAGUUUAGACCACCACUGCUUUGUACAUCACCUUUGGAUAUGAAGGUGGUGUUCUAGAUCCAGCUGUAGAUUCUCCUCACAAAGAGAUGAUUUAAAGUUAACUUUCUCCUAGAAAUCAUAAGGUGAGCUCCUAAAAUCUGGUGCCAAGUAACAUUUAUCUUGGCAUCUUCACGCAAAUUCAUUGCACCUGCUAUUAAUUUCCUUAAACAACUUCAAGGUAACUAAAAGGUUGAUCAGAAAUGCAAGGCAGAACUUCAAGUCUUUCACUCUAGUUUCAAAAUGUUGUUUUUUGUGAAAAGUGGGAAAAAAAACCCAACCAAAUCUUUGUUGUUUUUGCUGUUUUCUGCCUGCCCUUAAAAAAAAGGACCAGUCAAGGGGAAAGAGGUCUGUUAGAGAAGUCACACAACCUUAUUUUAUAAGCAGGGAAGUCUACGUCAUAAGGUAGAGAGCUACAGAUAGCAAUAUAAGCAAGAAUAAAAUUUAAGCAAUUUGACAACUUGAAGCCACAUUAUAUACCACUGAACCUAAGUUGUGAGAAGCAGGUUAAAUCUAUUUACAGCUUUCCAGUUUUCUAACAAGCAGAACUUUUCAAGCUUAUUUUCCAACAGAGUUCCUCACAGCAGAGUUGUAUCAAAUUCAGGUUAUUACUGUUUGUCACAGUGCCAGGGUAAGCCAUACCCACUCUUGAUUUAGCAGCAACUGAUGGAACUGUGAUUAGUUUUCUGUUUGACUGGGACUUUUUAAUUGGGUAAAAUACAACUAUUUGAUGUACUUUUAUUAUUUAAUAAAAUUGAUUAUAUUUAUGGUC